AAGCGACGUGCGUUUAUUACAAUGGUAUUUGCGCAUUGCAUUUGGAAAACGUAGUGCGUAUCACGUGAUCACUACGGAAAGAAAGAAAGGAUUUUGUUUUUUUCAUUUUGCACGACUCAAUUAUGUCACAAGACUGACGUUCUGUGCUCGCUUCGACUCGCCGAGCAGCAGGCCAUCGGCAAAUACUAUGAGAAGUCAGGAGGAUUCAAUUGCAUUAGCACUCGCAUUUCCAUUCUGUCACCCGAUCCCGCUUUGCAGAGUUCCAGCUGCAGCCUCAGCCCUGUCUGUCCGAGCGACCCUGCCUGAGAUCCACCCAGACGCACACACAGACAGACAGACUCCCGGCUCGCGAUGAUUCACAGCCUGUUCCUGGUGAACUCGUCGGGGGAUAUCUUCCUGGAGAAGCACUGGAAGAGCGUGGUGAGCCGCUCCGUGUGCGAUUACUUCUUCGAGGCGCAGGAGCGCGCGUCCGAGCCUGAGAACGUGGCCCCGGUCAUCCCCACGCCGCACCACUACCUCAUCAGCGUGUACCGCCACAAGAUCUUCUUCGUGGCCGUGAUCCAGAGCGAGGUGCCGCCCCUCUUCGUCAUCGAGUUCCUGCACAGGGUCGUGGACACCUUCCAGGAUUAUUUUGGCGUGUGCUCCGAGGCUGCUGUCAAGGACAAUGUGGUGGUCGUGUACGAGCUGCUGGAGGAGAUGCUCGAUAACGGGUUCCCUCUCGCCACUGAGUCCAACAUCCUGAAGGAGCUGAUCAAACCCCCGACCAUCCUGAGGACUGUUGUCAACACCAUCACUGGCAGCACCAAUGUGGGUGAGCAGCUCCCCACAGGCCAGCUCUCCGUGGUGCCGUGGCGACGCACGGGAGUGAAGUACACCAACAACGAGGCGUACUUCGACGUGGUCGAGGAGAUCGACGCCAUCAUCGACAAGUCAGGCUCGACUGUGACGGCUGAGAUCCAAGGUGUGGUGGAUGCCUCUGUGAAGCUCACUGGCAUGCCAGACCUCACCCUCUCCUUCGUGAACCCCCGCUUGCUGGAUGAUGUCAGUUUCCACCCCUGCGUUCGCUUCAAGCGCUGGGAGGCGGAACGCAUCCUCUCCUUCAUCCCUCCCGACGGGAACUUCCGGCUCCUGUCCUACCACGUCAGCUCCCAGAACCUGGUAGCGAUCCCGGUCUAUGUGAAGCACAGCAUCAGUUUCCGCGAGGGCAGCUCUCUGGGGCAUUUCGAGAUCACAAUCGGUCCCAAGCAGACGAUGGGCAAGGCGGUGGAGGGGGUGCUGGUCACCAGUCAGAUGCCCAAAGCCGUGCUCAACAUGAACCUGACCUGCACCCAGGGGGCCUACACCUUCGACCCGGUCACCAAGAUGCUGUCCUGGGACGUGGGGAAGAUUAACCCCCAGAAGCUCCCCAGUCUGAAGGGGUCGAUGAGCCUGCAGACUGGAGCCUCGAAACCUGACGAGAACCCCACGAUCAACAUCCAGUGCAAGAUCCAGCAGCUCGCCCUCUCGGGGUUGAAGGUGAACCGGCUGGACAUGUACGGAGAGAAGUACAAGCCCUUCAAAGGGAUCAAGUACAUGACCAAGGCAGGGAAGUUCCAGGUCCGAACAUAGGGCAGCAGCGCUGGCCUGGUCCUGGUCCUGGUCCUGGUCCGGUGUGAGUGACAGAGUGGAAGAGAAGAGAGAUCCUGACUCUCUCUCUCUCUCUCUCAGGACUGCUGUCCAUCUCAGCGCUGAGCGGUUAGGUUCUGUGCUCGGGUUUUAUGUCCACGUUUCUGGGAAGCGGGUUGUGUUGACUGCUGAUUUCAGCCCCCCCCCCCCCCCCCAUUCUAAAUGUAAAGUUUAGUUUGCUCUGUUAUUUGUUUCCUGAAUUAUUCUUUUUUUUUUGGUGUAAUAUUUUAUAUUUUAAUUAUAUAUAUAAACUUUUUUUUUUUUGCAUGAACACAAAAGGUUUGAAUGAUUAAAAAAGAAUGUAUUUAAGGACGUUUUGGACACAUUAUUUUUAAUCAUUUAACCCUUUGUACACUGCAGUUAUACCUCGUUUGAUAUUGUGUGUGUGUGUGUGUGUGUCUGUGUCAGUGUCUGUGUGUGUCUGUGUCAGUGUCUGUGUGUGUCUGUGUCAGUAUAUAUAUAUAUAUAAUGAAUUAUACUCGCGUAGCAGGGAGGCAGUUCUCCGGUCUUUGAUCAUCCGUACUAAUGCACGGAGCGCCCCUGUAGUCACAUGACGAAUCACGUGUUGUUUUACGCACAGCGCUUCUGGUGCUGAAACGGCUCUGAGAUUUAGCUGAGCAGCAGACUGAGUCCUAUAGUUCUGUAAUGUGUCAGAGCUGUACUGAAUUGUAUUCUUUGAGGGUGUUCAAAGUUUGGUACAUGAUACGUUCAAUUACAGUAUUUCAUAACCUUAACUGUAGGUGUUAAAGUUUUACUGAAUUGCACUAAUUUAAUGAUUUUGUGUGCUUAAUGUGAUCGAAUAGGUUACUAGUAACAGUCCCAAUUAGUUUGGAUAAUUGACACUCUACUGUCUGUGUGUGUGUGUGUGUGUGUGUGUGUGUGUGUGUGUGUGUGUGUGUGUGUGUGUGUGUGUAUGUAUCUAUAAUGUAAUGUAUGUGUGUGUGUGCAAUUUAUGAGUUUGUAAAAUGAAGGACUGCUCCACCUGCUGGCUAUGUUUAACAUUACAUUCCAAACAAACACUUUGAAUUACAAGGUACGAGGUAGGAGACGAGAGAGAGAUCCAGAGACGGGGUGACUUGAAGUCUUGAACUCGGGGGAGCGAUGCAGCUCCGCACAUGAACAGUCCAGCACUGCAAACGCAGCCCAGCACCGCGCGCUGUGUGUGUCUCUUCGAUAGAAGGGUUAUAAUCGCAGACCUCGCUUUUUUUUUUGGUUUCCUCUUGCUGUUAAACGGGUGUGAUUCAGCUCGUAUGUGUGUGGGAGCCCUGCUCUGGGAGCGCUGUGUUUAAUGGCUGUACAGUUUAGUUCGUACAACGUAUUGUAAAGUCUCGCCUUGGUCUGUAUUGCACCUGCUUCCCGUCACAACAAGAGAGGCGUCAGUUGUGCAGGGGAAUUACUUGAAUGCACGUUUGUUUGUUUGUUUGUUUGUUUGUUUGUUUGUUUGUUUGUUUGUUUGUUUGUUUGUAUUCUAAGAAUGCACACCGCGUGUAGUUUCGCCCCGCAGCGCCCCGCACUGAUACCCCGCUCCCGGGCUGCAGGCUCCUCUGUAACCGCCUGUCUAGUAAUAAACCUCUUCCUGUGACUCCA